ACAAAGUGUAUAGGGCAGUGAUUUCUCAACUCUUGGGGUACUGAUUAGAAUUUGGUCACAGCUACAGCCCCCUUCCCUCCAUGACAAACCCUGCUGUAGUAAGCUGCUAUUAAUGAUGGGAAUAUAUGUGGCACAAGUGUGCUGGGCCAAGAAAUAGUUUUUAACCAUUGAUCUAGGGAUUUCCCCUUAGAGUGAGGCUCAUCUUUCGCACAGCCCUUAUAAAAUUCACCUGGUGCCAAGGAUGUAGCUAGUGACUUCAGGGUUGUUACUUUAAUGAGAAAAGAGCCCUAGGGAGUCUAGAAGUAAAGUGAGAGCCUUGCCAAAGAAAAUUAAACUCUUCACUUUUGAGUCAUUAGUAAAAUAUACAAUUUUACCUUGGUAAAUUUACUUGGGUGGACCAUAUACCAUCCUGGGGAAAGUCAGUCUUGGAUUGGGCUAUAUUAUGACUGCAUUUUGGCUGAGGGUACAGGGAUAAGGAUCAUCCCUUUUAAUUUGAAGCUAUUUAAAGUCAGAAAACAGUGUGGCCCUUCAAAAAAGUGGAAUUCUGAGGGUACUGCUCACUAUAAAGGCUAGUAGAGUUCUACCCACCAGGGCUAGAGGAGAAGAAGGCCUGUCUGUAAGGUCUCCUGAUGCACUGACAAGAUGAUGGAUCCAUACCUCAUGGAUACCCCCAAGGAUCAUUCUUUCAAAUCAAGUGGUUGACCUGCUUGUUUGGUUUGGUAGGGGAGGAUGCAGAAUGGCUUUUAAGUUCAUCCGAUACCAUAAAAUUAUUUUUGUUUGGGUUACUCAGGAAGUAGCUUGUCACUUUGAACUUUAUGGUAGCAAAUGUCUGUGCUUGAAAGUCCCAGUGGCAUUGCCACCCAGUGAAAUGACUGGUGUUGAUUUCCUUUCUUAGAGUUUAUUUGUUAUCCAUUAGGGCAUCUCAUCAAGUAGAGGAACUAAGUAGAGGCAUAAGGUAGUGAGGGAAGCUGGAAAUAGUCAUGAAAGUGUUUUUGUUCGGUGUAGGCUAUUUUUCACCUUCAUUUUUAUUUGUUUGCACCAGAGAUUGUUGGAAACAUUAAAAAAUAAAUUUACAAAGGAUACAGUGGAACUCCAUUAAAAUGGUCAUGUUGCAGUAAAGAAAUACUAUCCCUGUUACAGGCUUAAUUAUACCUCAGAACUGACUAAUUUAUUCCCUUCAUUGAGAUGUCUGAUAGACAAGCCCAUGGUCUAAUAGUGAGAAUCACUAAUGUGAUUCUACCAUAUUAAAUACCAUCAGGAUUUGAGGGAAGACCUUUACACAGAUUUGUGUAUAUCUUUUUGCCCCAUUUCUCUCUUUUCAAAAGUUAUGUUAGAACAGUCUUGUUAGCAUGCCCUUGAGUAACUCCCAAGUCUGAAUCUUGAAAAGCAGAUUUCACUUAGCCAGCUGUCCCUUUUUCAGUUUUAGCCAUGAACGUUACAUUUUGAUAAGCUUUUCCCACUCAUUCUUCCUUCUUCCUUACCCGUCCUCUCUCCCCUCCAUUGAGGUUCUGCUCAAAUGGAUUGUCAUCUCCCAGAUCAUUCGGCAACUGAACUAAUUCACCCAACAACAGAAAGGUCCCACAAUGGAAAAUACUUACUCCUUCCAGACUCUUCCUGAGGAAAGCAAGUUUUCUUCCAUGUGGCAGGAGUGAAUUUUAUAUUUAUUUGGCAUUGUAACUGAUAGAAUGGGCAGUUUAGGGGAACUGGAGAGGAAGUGGCAGUUUUAACAGAGAAAAACAUUUGGUGGAGACUAUCCCUUCUGCCUCCUUUGGGCGUGUCCCUCUUCUGGGCAUCUCUUCAGGAUUUCAUUCCUCUGUCCCACUGCCGUUCACAACUGCCCUUUCCAACUGCUCCAGAACUCUUGGCCCUGGCAUUCUGUGAUGUAAAUUAUUCCACACAUGGCUCAAAAUGGGUGCAAAGCAGUGUUGCCAGGUGUCGGAUCACUAGUGUAAGUUUACUGGAUCUCGGGGGAGGGAGGAGAAAGGGGGAGAACUCGCUCUUGGAAUUUGUACAGUUGUUCCUGUUUGAGCCAAAGCACAAUAAUUGAGCUGGCCAAGCUUGAUGCCGUCCAUGGCUGGGGAGAGCGGGAGCUCAGGGCUCAGAGCCGGGGCAGAUUUUUGGUUGAGAUUUUCUUCUUUGAAGAUUCUGGUGCUGGGAUAUAGAGUGUUUAAAAUUGAACAGUUAGUAGUCCUGCUGCAGCGGGGGAACAGAGGACCUACAGGACAGACCCUGGAGCAGUACUGCCUGGGAUUAUGGUACCCCUUCUUUCGUCUCAAAAUAUGGGGGAACUGGCUUUCCUGUUUUCCUAAAGAUAGCCAAAAUACGGCAAGAAAUCUCUUCAGAUUGCUCACCAUGCUUAGAAACAUACAGUCAUAAAAUUAAAAGACCUCUGUAGCUUUGAGCUCAUUACUAAAACAAAAGUCUUAUUUUCCCCUUGUUAAUUAUACAUUUUGAAGACAUUACAGUCAUUUAGGUAAUCUGCGAGUGAAGGAGGUUGCCGCCAGCUAUCUUUGAUUGGUCUUUAUUCUUUUUUGACUUGUAAGUUAAGGGUUUGUUUUCAUUAGAAACAAUUUAAAUUGAAUAGUUUAUCUCUUGAAUGACCACAAGAUUUUUUAAGAAUUGUGUUAGUAAGCAAACAGAGGAAAAACUCACAAGAAUUACACAGUUAUUUCUCUAGAAAAGUAUAAAGUAUAUUGCGUUGUGCGGUUGGCUUUAAUCAGCUCUGCUGAACUGUACUUUCCUGUUCCUUCUCUUUGUAGUUGUCAUGGAUGAUGAUGAUGACUCGUGUCUCCUUGAUCUUAUUGGAGACCCACAGGCACUGAACUAUUUUCUUCAUGGACCUAGUAAUAAAUCUAGCAACGAUGACUUGACUAAUACAGGAUAUUCUGCAGCCAACUCAAAUUCAAUUUUUGCCAACUCUAGUAAUGCUGAUCCUAAGUCAUCCCUCAAAGGUGUAAGCAACCAGCUUGGAGAAGGGCCCAGUGAUGGACUGCCACUUUCAAGUAGCCUUCAGUUUCUCGAAGAUGAACUUGAGUCUUCUCCUCUUCCUGAUCUCAGUGAGGACCAACCUUUCGACAUUCUUCAGAAAUCCUUGCAGGAAGCCAAUAUCACUGAACAGACAUUGGCAGAAGAGGCAUAUUUGGAUGCCAGUAUAGGUUCCAGCCAACAGUUUGCACAAGCUCAGCUUCAUCCUUCUUCAUCAGCAUCCUUUACUCAGGCUUCUAAUGUUUCUAAUUACUCAGGUCAGACGCUGCAGCCUAUAGGAGUGACUCACGUGCCUGUUGGAGCAUCAUUUGCAAGCAAUACAGUGGGUGUGCAACAUGGCUUUAUGCAACACGUGGGGAUCAGUGUUCCCAGCCAGCAUUUGUCGAAUAGCAGUCCGAUUAGUGGUUCUGGUCAAAUACAGUUAAUUGGGUCAUUUGGUAGUCAACCUUCCAUGAUGACUAUUAAUAACCUAGAUGGAUCUCAAAUCAUAUUAAAGGGCAGUGGGCAACAAGCCCCAUCAAAUGUGAGUGGAGGGCUGCUGGUUCACAGACAGACUCCUAAUGGCAAUUCCUUGUUUGGAAACUCCAGUUCCAGUCCAGUAGCACAGCCUGUUACCGUUCCAUUUAACAGCACAAAUUUUCAAACGUCUUUACCUGUGCAUAACAUCAUCAUACAAAGGGGUCUUGCACCAAAUUCAAAUAAAGUCCCAAUUAAUAUCCAGCCAAAACCUAUCCAGAUGGGUCAGCAAAAUACAUACAAUGUGAACAAUUUGGGAAUACAGCAGCACCAUGUGCAACAAGGGAUCUCUUUUGCCUCUGCAAGCUCACCCCAGGGCUCAGUAGUUGGUCCACACAUGUCUGUGAACAUUGUAAAUCAACAGAACACAAGAAAACCAGUCACCUCACAAGCAGUGAGCAGUGCUGGGGGUAGUAUCGUUAUUCAUUCUCCCAUGGGCCAGCCUCAUGCACCCCAAAGUCAGUUCCUCAUACCUACAAGCCUUUCUGUCAGUUCAAAUUCAGUACACCAUGUCCAGACCAUAAAUGGACAACUUCUUCAGACUCAACCCUCUCAGCUCAUUUCUGGCCAAGUGGCCUCAGAGCAUGUCAUGUUGAACAGAAACUCUUCCAACAUGCUCAGGACCAACCAACCAUAUUCUGGACAGAUGCUUAACAACCAGAAUACCGCCGUCCAGUUAGUGUCUGGGCAGACAUUUGCCACCUCUGGAAGUCCAGUGAUAGUCAAUCAUGCUUCUCCUCAGAUCGUUGGCGGACAGAUGCCCUUGCAGCAGGCAUCACCAACCGUAUUGCACCUGUCACCCGGGCAGAGCACCGUCUCCCAAGGAAGACCUGGCUUCACCACCAUGCCCUCAGUGACAAGCAUGGCAGGACCUAGUCGGUUCCCUGUUGUCAGCUCAUCCAGCACUGUCCAUCCCAGUGUUGGCUCUGCGGUUCAGUCUGGUGCAUCAGGAUCAAACUUCACCGGAGAUCAGUUGACCCAGCCAAACAGGACUCCAGUACCCAUCAGUGUAUCUCAUCGUCUUCCAGUUUGUUCUUCCAAAUCUACCAGCACCUUCAGUAACACACCUGGAGCAGGAACCCAGCAACAAUUCUUUUGUCAGGCUCAGAAAAAAAGUUUGAAUCAGACUUCCCCCAUCUCAGCUUCCAAGACCACAGACGGCCUGAGGCCAGCCCAGAUCCCAGGCCUCCUGAGCACCGCACUCCCAGGGCAGGAUUCUGGAAGCAAAGUUAUACCGGCAUCCUUAGGAACCACACAGCCACAGCAAGAAAAAGUAGUGGGAUCAUCUCCUGGCCAGCCAACUGUGCAGGUGGACAGUCACACGGGAGGACAGAAAAGGCCUGCUGCAAAACAGCUAACUAAAGGAGCUUUCAUUUUCCAGCAGUUACAGAGGGACCAAGCCCACGCUGUGACCCCCGAUAAGAGUCAGUUCCGAUCACUAAGUGACGCAGUGCAGAGGCUGCUCUCCUACCAUGUGUGCCAGGGCUCCAUGCCCACCGAGGAGGACUUGAGGAAAGUGGACAAUGAAUUUGAAACAGUUGCCACUCAGCUCCUAAAAAGAACUCAAGCUAUGCUUAACAAAUACAGAUGUCUACUCCUAGAAGACGCCAUGCGGAUCGAUCCCUCUGCUGAAAUGGUGAUGAUUGAUAGAAUGUUCAACCAGGAAGAAAGAGCUUCUCUGUCCCGGGACAAGCGUCUGGCACUCGUAGACCCUGAUGGCUUUCAGGCUGAUUUUUGUUGUUCCUUCAAACUUGAUAAAGCCACCCAUGAGACCCAGUUUGGCAGGAGUGACCAGCAUGGCAGUAAAACAACCAGCUCCUUACAUCUGACAGCCAAGGCCCAGAGCAGAGACCGAGCCACACCAGGCGUGGCAGAACCCACGAAUCACGACCAGUUUCAUCUAGUGCCUAAUCACAUCGUGGUCUCCGCAGAAGGAAACAUUUCUAAAAAAACUGAAUGCCUCAGCAGAGCACUGAAAUUUGACAAAGCGGGCUUAGUCCAAUACCGGAGUGCGUCUGAAGAGAAAACCAGCCGGAGAGACUCCCUGAAGGCCAGUGAGUGCUCUCCCGGCCCCGAAGGCCACCGGAAAACCUCAUCCAGACCAGAUCAUGGUACUGAGAGCAAGCUCUCAAGUAUCCUGGUAGAUUCUCACUUGGAGAUGACAUGUAACAAUUCCUUCCAAGACAAAACUCUGAGGAAUUCUCCAAAGAAUGAAGUUUUACACACAGACAUGAAAGGGUCAGGCGAGCCCCAGCCAGACCUCCAGCUCAGUAAGAGCCUAGAAACAACAUUUAAGAACAUCUUGGAACUCAAAAAGGCCGGGAGGCAGCCUCAGAGUGACCCCGCGGUUAGUGGCUCUGUUGAAUUAGAUUUCCCCAACUUUUCACCAAUGGCUUUGCAGGAAAACUGCCUGGAAAAGUUCAUACCGGACCAUAGCGAAGGCGUUGUAGAAACUGACUCCAUUUUAGAAGCAGCUGUAAAUAGUAUCCUAGAGUGUUAAUAGCAGCAGUCCUUCCCUGCCCCCCCGCAGACCCCCGCCCCGGACAAGUUACAUUCUCUCCUGGCAAAAGCAAAUGGAAACGGUCUCCUGUCUCCAGCCUGCUUGGUCUUUCAUCACAAAUUAUUCUUUCUAAUCUCAGCCCUGUUCUUUGUUUAAGAGCAAUACUCAUCGUGGUUACAGAGAGAUCCUUAGCAAAAGUAAUCCUUGUUAGGAAGCAGUCUGAUAGGCCCUACACAUUUCAAGUGUUAUGAAAGUGCUUAGAGUGAUUUGUUUGUUUGCUUGCCUUUUUUUUUUUUUUUUUUUUAAACACUGUAACUCAUUGAGAUCACAGUAUCCUUGGCCCUGGGUAAAAUUUGACAAUCAGUCAUUUGAAAAGAACAGACCUAUUAAAGAGAAUCACACAGGACUGAUAGAAGCUACUUUUUAAAGAAUAUCCCACUGUAUCUCCAAAUUUUGGUUGGUUUUUGGUUUUGCGGAGGUUUUUUUUUGGUUGCAGGGGAGAUUUAUCUGGUCCUUCCCCACACAACCAUCUCUGAGCAGGAAGUUGGUGGCUGCUUUGCCGGGGACCCUGCAGCCCUGGCAUGAGAAGCUAGCAGUGCACCAGCAGGGCAUUUGCAGGGCUUCCUUGCUCAUCAUUCAAGUGCUUUCCUGAUGCUCCUGGAGCAAAACUUCAUGCUUCUCAGCACAUCCAUGGUGAAUUCCAUCUAGGGAGUGCUCUGUUCUUAAUCGCAACAGCAUGCCUUGAAAUAAUUUCGCUAGCCUAAGUAAAGGAAAGUGGAAACCAGUAAGUGGCACAGUGUACAGGGGAGACCGGGAAAGAGCCCUGGGGGUUUUCAUAUGUAUAUAUGUAAAAGCAUAUAUGUGUGAACUGUUGAAGAAAAAAAAAAAAGUUUUGCAUUUUUUAAUUGGCUAUAGUCAACAGAUACUGUGGUAUGUUUUUGUCUGUUGCUGGGUUUUGUUUCGUUGCACAUCUCCUCCCUCCCUCUCCAACAAAUAGCCAAACAUCAAAAGCACUUUCAUUUGAAAACGAUGUUGUAAUUUUUUUAGUUUGAACUUCAAGGGGACUUUGGCCUUGUUUAUGCUUCUUCUUGUCCGAGAACAGUAGUCACCCCUGGCAGCAACCAAAACACAGACAAACCAAAGGUCACCAGCCAGCCCAGCACUGCAAGGAAAGAUCUGAGACCCGGGGAGUCCCCCGGGAGAGCCAAAGGGUAUGCCCUGUCACGGUUUGUGUUUGGCCCAUGUUCAUCUUAGCGAGAACGACCUACUGCUUUAUUUAUUUAUAUUUCUUUUCAGGGAGCUUUCCCCUUUUUCAUUCUUGUAUACCUGCCCCAGGGCAUUCCAUUUCUGUUGGCACUUUCAUGCUCAAUGUCCUCGUAACCACUGGUUAUCUGCUGUCAUUGGGUUAUCGACAUAAUGGUAUUUUAUAUGCCCACUUACAUACACGUGUGUGUGUAUAUGAGCUGUUCAGAUCCAGAAGUCAUUUUGGUUACAGUGUGCAUACACUUUCUCUCUCAUUUAUUCUGUUUAUCUCUCUGGCUUUAGAGGCACACCCACUGGACUCCACUCUAACGUGUUGCCAGGAUCUGCUUCUGGCUAUGCCCAGAAUGGGGAUGAUCCCCUUUGUCAUCAUGUUGGGCAUUUCUUUUCCAGACCGGCCUGAGAUGGAAAGGCAGGCUUCUGAUUAUUACAAAACACAGCAACAGAAGGCCUACACUCUCCCUGCCGCCCUGCCCCGCCACACAUAGACAGCCAGCCUUCAUAAAAGCAGAGUACUUUCUCUCCCUCUGUCCGGCCAAGAGAAAUUGGAAAAACUGGGCUAUUUUAGGGUUACCAUUUUUUCCUUAUUUGUGCCAAUGUCCAAGUUGCAGAUAUCCCCCCUUUUCCUGUACUGUAACAUAUUAGAAAGAUAAGUUGGUAUUGCCAGUUGGAACUUUCUGUUUGGGCAGCCCUAGGGUAACACCCUGCCCUGAACCCCCAUGAUUUCAUAGGCUCUUCUUCUCUUAGGUCUCAUGCUCCCCUAAUUCCUAGCAAGACUUACAGAUGGUCCCUCCUGAUCAAAUUCUUCUCAUUGUGGAACUUUAUGCCUGGAAGCCUUUACCUAGGCUGCUGAUGAGUUACAUUAAUUACUUCUAAUCAGUGGAAUUCUCAAGAGACAAGAUAAGUUUCAUGUACAUUUGUCACUCCCUUCCCCGUCCUGCCCUGCUCCCCCCACCCUAGCUUUUCUAUAUACCAUCUUAACGGGUUUUUACGCCCUAACCCUUGUCUAGCAAAUGGAGAGCCUAAUUUACCAAAAUGAAACUUGUAAAUUUUUGUGUCCUUGUAUGUAAGUUUACUUUUUGUGGAGGAAAGAUUCUAGAUAAUGACAAAUGAAGAUUUCAAAAUGUAUUUUACUCCUGUGAUUAGGUUAUGCGCACAUGGGUCGUAACUCGCAUGUCGAGCCCCCUCUGGUGAAGGGUGAGAGAGUUCAGCCUCAGAUGGCCAGCAUUUAGUUGUUCAGGUUCUUUAGUCAAAGUUAAGUUUAGGACUACUUGUACUCAGUAACAAAAAUCAUUUUCUUCUUUUUUUUCCUUUCUGUUGUUGUGGAGACGUGUGAAUUUGUUAUUAAGCGUUUGAUUUUCUGUGUCCUUAAGUACUGCCUAAAGAUAAAGCAAAUUUUAAACUGGCAAUUACGAAAAAGAAAUAUUUUAGCUCUGAAGAAUUCAGUAGACUUUGUUAGAUUAGGGAGGCCUUACAGACUGACUUGACUUAAAGAGGACGCGUCACUGACUGUCGGUGUGGUGUGGGCUUUAUUUGCUUAAAUACCUUCAUUUGUAUAGUAUGUCUCACUUGAAAUUGCUUUGUAUACAUUUUGUAAAAAUAUUUAUAAAAUGUUUUGUAAAAAAAAGUAUAACAAAUUGCAGUUUAUUUUGUUAUGUUGGAUAAAUACUGUUAAAAGAAACCAGUCAGUAACUAUAUUGUUAAUCCAUGGUUAGGAAAUGUUUAGUUGGAGAUUACAAAAUGAAACAACCAUUGCAAUACAGCCAAAGAUUUGGGAAAAUG